GAAUCCCAACACAAGCACAAGCCUGUGGCAUACACAAGGAGAAAGAAACCCCUGCAAACGGAGGGGAAGAAACCUGAUACGCUUGAGAAGCAACGGAGCCGGAAUCGGUUGGCAGCAGAAAGAUGCCGCAAGAGACAAGUGAGCAGAAUACAAAUCUUGGUGGACAAGGUGGAGCAGCUUGAAGACCGUAGAGAGACACUAUGCGCUGCAGUUGGCUCUCUUAGUUCUCAAGUCCUUGGACUGAAGGAGGAACUUUUGCGUCAUAACGACUGCGGUUGCGAGAAGAUCCAGAGCUACCUCCAGUCUAGAGUGGAUCAGCUAUUGGAGCAUCCACCACAUCGCAGG